AAAAAAACAGCGUCUAACUCGUCUGAAGGAGAGCAUCAAAUAAAAUUAGAACCAACCAACACUGGGCCAUGUUCUCUUGCUUUAUAAACUUUCUUUUAAAGUGCUUUUGUUUGUUUAUUUUUUUGCAAAAUCCACCUCCAUGCAUUCCGCUAAUUUCAUGCUCAAUUUUCGCACACGAAAACGUUUAAUAAUGAAUUUAUCUUUAGUUCCAGCAAUCUGAUUACAUUCAAUGGUUUCGGGGCCAUCCGACUCGAACUCUCACACACAGACCGCAGACAAUACCGCAGCAACAGCAACAAACCCGCCGAGUCAGAACAAAAACCUAAAGUCUAUUCCAGCAGCAUUGACCUUGCCAAUUGCAUCCUCUGACAAAGCCUCGCAAGCAGGAAUGCCGACUCCGCCGCCAUCGGCCAGGAUACCGGUGCCCGCAACUGGAGGAGCGACCGGAUCCUCAUCUGUGCGACCACGACCCUCCGCGCCGCAAACUGCCGCCCCGGGUAAUAGCCAGCUUUUGCGCAAAAUCAACGUUGCCGGAGUCACUGUCGAGGUAGUGCGGCAGGAUAGCACGAUUAUAUAUAGACUGCCGGGCAACAUGCCCGUGUCUUCGCUGACGCCAGAGCAGCGCACCAAAGUUAUGGAUGAGAUCCAGCGCAUGAGAAACACGACAGUGUCCAGUGUGACGCGUACACCCAUGCAGCCAGUGCAGCCGGGUGUGCGGCCACAGUCUGCUUUGGCAAAUACCUUGGGCUCGGGAUCGAUACCGCCGCCGCGACUAGCUUCUAUUGCGCUGCCUCCUCGCCCAAAGUUGCAGCUGCAGCAGCCUCGGGCGAACACGCCGCAGACGUCGGCGGCAAUGAGGCCUGUGGGUGGGACUGCCCAGGCACGCGCGCCGUUGAUCCCUGGGACCAAGUCUAUUGCUGCGGUAUCCUCGGAUGCGUUGCGGCUCGGACGGCCGCACCCGGUGCUCCCUAAUAUUGCGCCGCGCUCCGUGUCUGGCUCCAGCCUUCCGCCACCAUUCCCAUCGACUCCCCUGUCGGCACCACUAACGCGACCACCACAGCAUCAACAGCAGCAGCAGCAGCAGUCUAGAAUAGCAGGCACUGCGCAGCCCUUUCGGCGACCAACUUUGACUGCUUCACCGUCGCCGGCAGCGGUUACGCCGCAGAGAUCAGCGCUGGAGAAAAUGUACCAGUCGGCAUACCUCAAGCUCCUUAGUGGACCACAGGAGAUCCUGCGGAAACUGAGCCCACCCAUUGAGCUCAACAAGAUAGUCAACAAGGGCAUGGAUGAAGUCAUUUCCCCGGCCAUGCUACUCCAAAUCCUCAAGGCCCUCACGAAAUCACAAGCGUCGCAGCUAGCCGGAAUGUACGAACAGGAUCUCAAACUAGGCAAAGGCUCAUUGGAUAUCAACACUGGUGGCGGCGGCAGCAGCAGCGUGCAGUCAUCCUCGCCGAUGGGCUCGCUACCAUCAUCGCGCGAGGCAUCGCCCAAUGCUGAAGGCGGCUCUGCUUACGAGCUCGACGGCGCCCAUGAUACGCCUAACUCAGGUACUGCUACACCGACUCUCAAGCGCAAAUACAAUAAGACUGGGAAAUACUCGACGAAAAAACGCUCGUCAUUGAUGCUUGAGGACUCGGAACCGCCGUCGCCCAUGCCUGCGUCUCCGCAGCAUAUGAAAUUGCCCCGGUUGCCACAAAAUCUGCAACAUUCACAACCCUCACAACAGCAACCGCGUAGGCCCCAGGUGCAGCCUCCGGUGGCAACGGCGGUCUUCUCGCAUCCGGAUCUCAAUAGGAAGCUUCCCAAGCCGAUAGCUGAACGGCGCAAGUGCCCAGCGCAGUUCAAGCACGAGGCUGAUAUCAGUAAGCGAUUUCGUGACGCUUUAGCGAUGGACCACCAGAUGGUGGACAGCCCCGAUUGGCGCACGCCAUUUUCCGGGACACGGGAUGUAAUCCAGCGACUGCUGCCCUUCCAUGUGUUCCAGUACCCAGACUCAGUCGCUGAGGCAGGGAUUGCCCAGGAGGAGUGCAGGAUUAGUAAAUCAGUGGUUGGCUUGGGCGAAAAAUUGCAGAGCCUCGCUGAAAGGUACAAUGCGUUAUUGGCGAGUGAGGGGUCGGAGACAUACUACUCGAUGGAUUGUAUUCAGUUGGAUAUGCGGAGAAUGGAGGAUACUCGGGAACAGAUUGGCUUGCUGCGGGAAGCGCAGUUGCAGAGAGACAUUUCUUCACUCGGUCCUGCUGUGCCAAAGCCAACCACAAACACAAGUAUUACCGGAGGCAGUGGCGGGGGUGGAAUUGGAGGAGACUCCGCUUCAAAGUAACAUUUGCGGACGCUGCAAUAAAAAUAAUUUUUCAUUCAUUUUUUUUCUGCGACAGUAUUAAUUUUAUUGCUUAUUGCUUAUUCC